AUGCCCGAAGUUGAUUCGGUCCUCGGUAUAAAACAUGGCUAUCUUGCGCCGCGCACUUGCCGGUCCCAGAUCCUUUUCUGUCCUGGGGUCAUGGCCAUUGUUUCUUUUUCUCUCUGGACUAUCCUCUUUUUCGUUCCAGCCGUGACUCCGCACAGAGCCGAUGGAGCAAUCGUUUCAGGGGACAAGGGCCGCCACGAGACCUAUUUCGCAGGUCGACGGCCUGAGUCGCUAGUCUGGGGAGCUGCAGGUAAUCUCCACGAAGGUCGCCAUGUUCUUCCACACGUCCAGGCAUCCGCGGAGUCAGUUGAGUUGCCAUCCUUUAUUGAGACUGGAGCCGAGCCUUCACGCGGUGGGCUGUGGUCUGGCCUCAAGCAAUAUGUCGAGCUGGGGACCAGUGAAGAGCGAAGCCCGGUUAGAAACGGUGAAGAAGCCAAGAACGAGCAGACUCAGGAGGUGCCUCCUGAAGAGAGCGCCCGCCGUGCAGAAGCCAGCCCGUCAGAGGCAGAGCGGUCCGAAGACGGCACAGGAAAUGGAGAAACGGCGGGCGACAACCAACAGGGGCGUGGAGAGGACCGACAGAGUCGCGGUCAAUCAGAGCAGUUAUUCAAAAAGGAAACGGGGACGGAAUCCGCCGAGUACCACCGACUGGCGCAGAAGGAACUGCGCGAGGCCAGAGCUGGCUUUGUGAAGCAAACGGGAGGCACCCCCGAGGAGUAUGGAGAGACAGGGGACUUUCCUUCCCUCUGUGGAGCCUGGCAGACCGUACCGUCGUCACCUCAUUUCGCUUCGAAUACAAAGUCCAGCCGCUACAGCGAGGACGACGCCAGCCUCUUGAGCGAGCAGUCGAACGCAGGCGAUCCACUACCGUAUCCCACUUGCCAGUGGCUUCCUCGGCGGGGAAUUCACAUUUCGGAAAGACGUACUUACGGCUUUGAGCCUAAUGUUGUGGACAUCGAGAGGCUGGAAUUCCAUUCCAAAGAGGGGUGUCUGCCGAAUCAGUUGGCGAAGAUUUGGCUCUACUCGGGUUUCUGGCAGCCAAAGUCCGCGGCGACAGAUCCCAAGACGAAAGCAGAGGAGAUGACGGUACAGCUUUCCUGGAUGAGCGUGGAAGUUCAGAUGGACGUGAACGCUGUCUCGCAUGCCCAACACUUGAUGCAGCCGGCGGCCAUUUCGGGUACGCCGACUGCAAAGGAGAAGCAAUGCUGGGAAGAAGGCGACCGACUGUGGCUGCCACCAGUUAAGCAGAUGCACUUGGAUCUCCGAGACAUCUGUACCGAAGCCCAAGGAAAUAUUCUUUACUCUCAGCCUGUCCCGCCCGAGUUCAUGAUCGUGCCGCAGGAAAUUCCUGUGAGCCACGAAGUGUUGGCGAAACGCCUCAAGCGCCGACUCCGCAGACGGCUGACUGCCAUGCAAGCCAAGCACGGAAAGCAAGCCAAUCUGUGGCAAGAGGAGUCUCUCAAAGAGGAGGCUGAAAAGGCGAUCGAAACGAAGUGGACCGAUGCCAUCGAAAAACGAUUUGUCACCCGCUGGAGAGACUAUCUAGUCCAACAAAACCUCUGGACAGAAAAAGUCUGCCAGUGGCAGUUGCUCCGAGAGAGUUGCCUGGUGCCGCCGCCUCUGGCGGGUCAAUCGAAGAAUGAGCACGUUUCUAAGGAAGAGAAAAAGAAAAUGAAAGAAGACUCUCUGUGCUACAUCCCGAUGGUGCGGCACUCUCUCAGUCGAGAGGAGGGCAUCGAUUACCUUGAAGUACCGCUUUUCCCCUUCACCAAGGAGGCCGAGCAUGUGCGAAUGCGCAAGGUAGGAGGCUGCAACCCGCAUCUGAAGGUCAGCUUGCAGCAUGGAAAGGAUGCCGAAAAAUUAGCAGAGGAGCAACAGCGCCACACGGCGCGAGAAGAGCUCGCCUCAGUCACAGUCGUCUCGAAAACAAUCCGUCCGCACGAGCAGACGUCCUCAGCAGCUGCCGCCGAGAGGGAGGAAACCACAGCGGUGCCCGCUGUAAGCGGUGAAAAAGAAGUGAAGAAGCACGAACAGGCCGAAGCCCAGUCUGGAGCAACACAGGAGAAGAAAGCUGAGAACGCUCCUGCAGAGGAAACUGAGAAGCCGAACGUAACUGAGUCUGGUAGUAAAGAGGAGCCAGAGACCAAAACAGAGCCUGCAGAAGCGGAUCACCCAGAGGUGGAAGCCCCGGUUCCUGAGGAGGCUGCUGUGAGUGAACAAGCAGCGGGUGCUUCAGCGGGAGCGGAGGAGGCGCCAAAUCCCUCUCCUCCCGCUGGGGAAUCCCCAUCCUCUGCCGCAGUUCAGUCAUCGGAGGAACAACCGGCCGCCGCGCCCGCGGCUGCAGAGGCCACGCAGACGAGCUCUGAGGAGGAAACUUCAGCAAAGGCUGCCGAAGCUAGUCAACCAGAGGCUGCGGCGCCGGUAGCAACAGAGGCGUCGGCUCAGGAAGCUCCACCUGAUCAAGGCUCGCAUACUGAUGGCAAGGGCAGGGGAGAAUCUCCCCAUGCUGAAGAGGUAUCCGCGCCAGAGGAAGGCUCUAAACCCUCGGGUAACGAGGCUAGUGAGCCUGAAAAAGCAACGCGGACGGGAGAAGACGAGGCCUCGGGUGAAGAGGCUCCGUCAAGUGACGGGGUUCCUGAGGAGGAAGAAGGAGGCGUGGAAGAGUCGUCGCCAGCGGAAGAAGAAUCUUCGGCUGAAGAGGAUGCAUAG